AUGACACUUGCCUCUAUGCACCAAGAAUUUUGGCCUGUAAACGGCAAACUAGUCGCCAACUCUGUGUUCCGUAAGUGUUUGCAAUGCUUUCGUCAAAACCCUACCCCUAUCGUUCAACCCGUUGGCCAAUUACCGAAGCAACGCACCGCACCAAAUAGAGCUUUCGCUGUGACCGGAGUGGAUUUUUGUGGCCCUGUCUACUUGAAGCCUGUACACCGACGAGCUGCGGCACGAAAAGCCUUCAUUGCGGGUUGUGUAUACUUUGCAUCAAAGGCCGUACACCUGGAGCUGGUAUGCGAUUUGUCAACAGAAGCCUUUAUCGCCGCACUACGCCGCUUCAUCGCCCGGCGCGGCAUGCCAACGGAAAUACACUCCGACAAUGGUACAAAUUUUAGAGGAGCAAAUAACACCCUGGUUGAACUGCAUCGUCUUUUGGAGAACAAGCGCACGAGAGAAGCAAUCAACAACGAAUGCAGCCUGAAGCGAAUUCAAUGGUAUUUCAUACCACCGCGAGCACCUUCAUUCGGCGGAUUGUGGGAGGCGGCCGUCAAAACAGCUAAAACGUCUUUGGUGAAAACACUCGGAAGCACUCAACUGUCCUAUGAAGAUUUUGCGACCAUCCUGACCCAAAUCGAAGCCAACAUGAAUAGUCGCCCGCUGACAUCAUUGUCAGGUGAUCCUGGGGAGCUAGACGUUCUCACACCUGGCCAUUUCCUAGUCGGUACGUCGCUACAAAGUCUGCCGGAGCCAGACUACACCAGUAUCCCUAGCAACCGAUUGCAACAUUACCACGAACUGCAGAAGCUGGUCCAACAACACUGGGAUCGAUGGCGUAAGGAGUACCUCUACGAGCAGAACCAUCAAAGGAAGAAGGCUGGAUCAGCGACGAACAUUCAAGUUGGGCAAAUUGUGUUGGUACAAGAUGAAGGAAAACCGUCUAUAUCAUGGCCGCUGGCACGAAUUGUGCAAAUUCACCCUGGAGAUGAUGGCGUAGUUCGCGUUGCGACACUACGAACUUUGAGUGGAACCUACAAACGUUCAAUCUCGCGUAUCUACCCAUUACCAUGCGACCAACAACACAACACCGAUGAGAUCUCGACACCUGCCAGCUAA